GGGAAUUGAAAACAUAGUGCUCAUGCUGCUAAACGCUGAAAGUGAUAUUAACGCCAAGCAGUCUCUAAGUGGAGAAGCACCUCUUAUCAAGGCUAGCAUGAAUGGACAUUAUUCUGUGGUCGCUGUGUUGCUUGUACACGGAGCUGAUUGUCAAAUGAGAAGUUUAUCCGGUCUGACCGCCGCCCAAACGGCGGCCGAGUGUGGAUACUUUGAUAUCCGAGAUCUUAUUGAAUCGCAUAACAAGAGGUGUCCACUAAUGUGCAAAACCAGGAGAAUGAAAAAGAAAUUCAAGCAGUGUUGACGUCUCAGCUGAGCACAAGGCAAAUCCACUGGAUCGCUUACUGAAUGCCUCUCUAAAUGGAAUUAAGUUAGGUGAUCAAAUGCUAGAAUUUGGACCAAACAAAGUGACCCUUUAAGAUUUAUGGACCCUCAUUCCACCAAAUGAGAUGACUAAAUAUGCUGCCACACUAAUUGAAAAUAAAACUGUGGCACCUGGAUGGCUUAGUGAUACAGUUAUCAACGCUUUCUUAUGGAAACUUUCAUGUGAAUAUCCUGGUGUCCUACCAGCAGAAUCAUAUGUAUGUCAGUUGGUGCAACGAGGAUCUAGUACAUGUCGACUGUGGGCAGAUCAAAAUUUCAUGGCAAUUGACACAAUAAUAUUUCCUUUCAAUAUGUCUGGGAGCCAUUGGACACUUUUGGUAAUCGACAAACAAAAAGAGAUGGUAUACUACCUUGAUCCUAUGGAAGGUCAUGUAGAAGAAGUUAUCAGUGAGACAACAAGAGUUGAACUUUUACAGUUUAUCAAAAGCAUUUGUGCCCUUGUUGAUCUAAAAAGUGGGUGGAACACAUCAACUUGGUCUAUUAUUCAGCCUUCACACCAUGUGCAAGAGGAUGGGUUUAACUGUGGAAUAAUUAUUUGCCUGUUUGCUGAAUAUCUGAGUCAAAAUCUUGACAUAAAUGCAAAGUUUGACAUGAGUAAAGUGAGGCAGCAUGUGACUUCAACGAUUAUGGGUUCUUGCUAUGUUUUUCAUAUAAGAAACAUUCUCACGAAAUGAAUGCAUGGAUGGGACCACAGCCUUAUGUAGGCCAUAGGAGAGUGUGCCGCUCAGCGGAAUUUUUUCAGAAGAAGAUGCAACAACGGGUUUGGCAAACCAAGCCUUAUGCGCAUUGACAGAAGACGGGAUAUUGGCAGGAAGGGUUCGAUGAAGUGACGCAAAAUUCGCCAUUUGCGUCAAAUGAUGAAUGAAAGCAUCCACCAAUGGAAUAUUGUGAAUAACGGGCGUUAUAGUGGAAAAAGUCCUUUCGCCUGUAUUUCUGGCGAUCAUCGCAGAAAGAUGCCUGAGCAUAAAAUGAUUCGACCUCUUUGGUGCGGGAAAGCGGUUGUGUUGUUGAACCGCGAACGGAGCUGUAUUGUUCGUGAAGACGGUUUUUUUAACUGAUCGCGUAAACGAACUAGAUUGCUGACGUAAUGGUUGGCCUGCGCGAGUUUUGUAUGAGGAACAUCUUUGAUUGUGUUGUUCCUUGCGAGGAAUCAGCGUUUUGUUAAGAUGAAAAGGUGCUGUAUUUGUCAAAGUUGAUUCGGUUGAAGAGGAGCAUGGGCUCUUGGUUUUGUAUUUGCCAUGCGCAAAUAUAAAGCAAGAACUUGACAUAAACUGUGUUGUGCGACAAUCCAUAGGUUUUUAUUUUACUAUAAAUUUGUUUUAAUAGCAGGUCACUAGAUCUUCGGCACUCAUCAGUUAAAUAAAAUGUACCAAUAGUGCUUAAAUUAUAUAUUUAUACAUUGGGAUCAUAUUACAAUAUAGUGCAGUUGUCAUAAUUAGGAGUGAUAGUGUGAUAAAUUAUUCUCAAUGAGGCAGUGUGUGGAGACAAGUUUGGAAUGUUUGUUAAGGGAACCUGUGGGUGGCAAAUGAUGAGGAAUUUUCAUUAAUCAUUCACAAUAUAAUAUGAUGAAUUCACACUAUAUGUACAACCUUAAUAAAUUAGUUGAGAAAAAACGAUGUGCAAGUUUUUUUGAUAAAAGUGUUUUUUUAGAAGCAUAA